AUGCAACGUCAAGUUGCUCGUCAAUUUCGCAGGGUCCUGCAAACGCCCCGUCCGUCUGUCGCCGCCCUGCCUCUGCACGCGUCUCGGUGCUACUCUACACAUCCUCCCAACGCCAAGCUGAACCUGCCCGUCGAAUAUGGUUCUACCCCCUUAUUAGCGCAUAGUGCUGAUGCGGUCCAAAAGAACCUCGAGAUUCCCGCCGAGGUCCGCAACGGCGCAACAAAGAAGCUGAAUCUCUUCCAGGCCGUCAACGAUGCCCUUGGCACUGCUCUCGCGGAGGAUGAGUCAGUGGUUGUCUUUGGCGAAGAUGUAGCCUUUGGCGGUGUGUUCCGAUGCACAAUGAAAUUGGCCGAGACACAUGGUGCCGAGCGCGUCUUCAACACGCCUCUGUCAGAGCAGGGUAUCCUAGGUUUCGGUAUUGGCCUUGCCGCAGAGGGCAUGCGCCCAGUUGCCGAGAUUCAGUUUGCCGAUUACGUCUACCCAGCCUUUGAUCAAAUUGUCAACGAAGCUGCCAAAAUGCGGUUCCGUGAUGGUACCAACGGCCGCGGCGCUGGUGGCCUAACAGUGCGUAUGCCGUGCGGUGGUGUCGGCCACGGUGCUCUCUAUCACUCGCAGUCUCCGGAAAGUCUCUUCACACACGUUCCUGGUAUUCGUGUCAUCAUGCCAAGAUCUCCGAUCCAGGCCAAGGGCCUCCUACUAUCUGCCAUUCGCAGCAACGACCCGUGCAUCUUUAUGGAGCCUAAGAUUCUCUAUCGUGCUGCUGUGGAGCAGGUCCCCGUGGCUUCCUACGAGCUGCCGCUUUCGAAGGCCGAGGUGCUCAAAGAAGGUAGCAAUGUCACGGUUAUAUCUUACGGCCAACCUCUUUACUACUGUAUUGAGGCUAUUCGUCAGCUGGAGGCUCAACGUCCCGACGUGUCCAUCGAGCUCAUUGACCUGCGCACGGUUCACCCCUUUGACAGAGAGACUGUCUUUGAGAGUGUCAAGAAGACUGGAAGAGUCAUGAUUGUGCAUGAGGCCUACACAACGGCUAGCAUUGCUUCCGAAGUAGCCGCGGCUAUCCAAGAAAAUCCUGAGACCUUCAAUAGACUGGAGGCGCCGGUCCGCCGCGUGGCAGGUUGGGAUAUUCACAACUCGCUGGCCUUUGAGAGAUUCCAUCUCCCUGACAUUACGAGAGUAUAUGACAACAUUAAGCGCCUGUUGGACUACUAG